AUGGCGUGGCGAGCGCUGCGGCGGGUCGGGCCGGUUCUGGCGCCGCGCUGCCCGCGCCUCUCGGCGCCGCCGCUGCGGGUGCCCGCGGCCCGGAGGUUGGCCACCAGCUCGCUGGUGCUGUCCGCCCGCAAAUUCACAGACAAGCAUGAAUGGGUAUCUGUUGAAAAUGGCAUUGGAACAGUAGGAAUCAGCAAUUUUGCACAGGAAGCAUUAGGAGAUGUUGUUUACUGUAGUCUUCCAGAAAUUGGGACAAAAUUGAGUAAACAUGAUGAGUUUGGAGCUUUGGAAAGUGUGAAAGCUGCUAGUGAACUCUACUCUCCUCUGUCGGGAGAAGUGACUGAGAUUAAUGCUGCCCUUGCAGAUAAUCCAGGGCUCGUCAAUAAAUCUUGUUAUCAAGAUGGUUGGCUUAUCAAGAUGACUGUGGAAAACCCUGCCGAACUUGAUGAACUGAUGAAUGAAGAUGCCUAUGAGAAAUACAUAAAAUCCAUUGAAGACUGAGCUGGAAUAAUGAAAUAAAUCCAUAUAAAAUA